CCGUCCAACUUUCCAAAGCGCGGACCUGUUGCGGUUUAUCUUUCUCUAUUGGAUGCUGGUUGCGUGUUGCUGCACGGCGCAUGCAGAUGACUGUCUGGAGGUGAAGACUGCUUACAUGAUGCGCCAAAUAGGUCCAGUGGAGUUGGUGCCUAACAAACCCAAAAUAGGUGAGCCUCUGGAGGUGUGUAGCCACGCUGGCCCCAGCUGCUGUAACAGCCCGAUGGAGGACAGCUACAUGACCGCAGUCCGCGCCGAGACACAGCAGAGGAUCAGAUCCUACAGCUUUGAGCUCAAAUACCUGCUAGCCGGACACAGCAGGGCAUUCCAAGAGACCUUCCUGUCGCUGGCGUCCUUCACGUCUAACCUGACCAGCACUCUCCUGGACAGCGCCUACUCCGCCCUGGCCUCCGACUGUCGCCCCCUGGUGGCCCGGCUGUUCCAGGACAUCGAGCUGCACCUCUCUGGGGACGCCGGCAGCUCGCUGGAGCUCGCCGUGCGCCGUUUCUACGACGACCUGUUCCCAUUGGUCUACCGUCGCCUGCUCAACCCCGGGAUUGGCCACACGACCCCCCCCUCCGCCCACUCCUCCACCAAUCAGGACGAGUGCCUGCGCAUGACCAGGCAGGACGUCAGCCCGUUCGGGCCCCACCCCCGGCUGCUGAUCGGCAGCCUAUCACGCGCCCUGGAGCCGGGCAGGGCGCUGAGCCGGCUGCUGGGAUUGGCCGGGGAGGUGGUGAACGCCACGGACAAGGUGGCGCUGGGCAGGGAGUGUGGGCGGGGCCUGGUGCGGAUGCAGUACUGCUCUCACUGCCGGGGGCUCACCCUGAUCCGCCCCUGCAACGGCCUGUGUGUCAACAUCAUGAGGGGAUGUCUGGUGGGGGUGUCUGAACUGGGGGGCCCCUGGACCAGCUCGGUGCUGCUGCUACAACGCUUAGCCGCGAUGCUAGCCGCUAGCAGCGGCCCCAACACCAUGGAGCUGGCCCUGCUGUCGGUGCGGAGCUACGUCAACGACGCCAUACUGCACGCCCAGCUGCACGGGCCGCGCAUCACGGCCACGGUGGAGAAGGUGUGUGGUCAGCAGACAGAAACACACAAUGCUGCUUCAGCUGAACCAGAAUUCUUGACAUUUGGGGUCAAAUCGACGACCUCGUUGACCUCCUCCUGGGCCCUCUCGCCCGGCCCUGAGACCCCCCAGGACUCCCAGCCGGCCCCCAGAAGGUCCCUGCCUCUCAAAGGACCCAGAGGGGAUAAGCUCCGCAGCCUGAAGAAACUGUCCAGGGAGUUCGAGGGCUCUAUCCAGCGCUACCAGUGGUUCUUCUCCGAGCUGCCGGAGAUGUUGUGUGAGAGCGAGAUCGAGGUGGGCCAGCACACCUGCUGGAGCGGGCGGGACGUUGUAGAAAGUUAUACAGGUCCUGUGGUUGACGGCAGUCUCAAAGCCCAGAGAGAGAACCCGGAGAUGUCUGUACGCAAUACCGACGCUGGCCUGCGGGGGGCGAAAAAGAGGCUGGAGCAGCUGAUAAAGGACCUGCUGGGGGAGCUGGGCUGGGCCAGCAGAGGUAGAGGCCAGCAGGAGGAAGAGGAGGAUGGGAGCGGGCAGAGAGAGGCGGGCAGCGGGGAAGAGUGUGACGACGAGGACGGCUGCGAAGGAUCUGCACACGACAAUGGUGAGAAGGAGGCAGAGGGCAUGAUGGUGGAGUGCCAGUAG